GUACAACCCCCUGGUAAACCUGAAUUACGCUGUUCUGCUGUACAACCAGGGAGAGAAGAAACAGGCUGUCCUGCAGUACCAGGAGAUGGCAGGCAAGGUCAACAUGUUAAAGGAGAGCAGCGCGAUGGAGCUGGACCCUGAGAUGGUGGACAUAGCCCAGAAGCUGGGGGCCUCCUUGCAGCUGGGAGAGAGCUCAGUGUGGACCAAGCCUGCAAAAGACCCCAAGUCAAAGCAGCGAGGGAGUUCGGCCAGCAAGUCUCCCGGCGCACAGCCCCUGGGCUCGAACCAAGCUCUGGGACAAGCCAUGUCUUCGGCAGCUGGGUACGGGAAGGCCAUUCAGUUCCCGCCAGGUACAGGAGUUUCCGCUCAGCAGGCAAAGCCCCCCUCCCUCCCCCUAGAGCCUGAUCCUGACGCGGAGUCCGGUCCGGAGGAGGCAGAGCUACAGGAGCAAAGGCGCAAGACUGCGGGGCAAGAAGAGGGAGACGCCUGACCUGGAGAGCUUGUGAGCUCUACAAGACCCCACCCCCCACUGGGAGCCCAGGCACAGAGGAGACGGAGGUGCACUGCGUAGCACUGGAAGCCCUUUCCCUCAACACUCCACGUAGGGGAGGAAGCUUUCUGGGAGGCAGGCAGGCAGCCUACCCCAGAGAGGUGUCAUUUUGUGGUAACCGGGCAGCAGGCCAAAAAGCAAAACAGCCGUCCCCCAUGAUGCAUCCAGCAAAUUCAGGGUCCGGCCUCACGUUCUGGGUGGAUUGGACUUCCCUUCUGGAAUCAGAUCUCCAGGCUCAGCUGCAGGCCAGCCAGCCCCCCUGACCGGAGCCCUUCCACUAGUCGUUUGUCAGAUUUGGGUCAGACACUGCUGCUGCCUUAGAGGGAACCUGUAACGGACUCCCAGUGGCAUCAGCUUUAGGAGACUGACAAACCGGGCUUAUCUCCCUUCCUUUAAUUACCGGCUGGUGGAAGCAGGCAACAUCAAGACU